CCGUAUGGCUGCUGUGCGCCUGGCUCUGAGCGUCUGAUGCCGCAGGCGAGGAGGGAAAUGAGCAGACAGCACCACCUCCUAUAUCAGAGACUGCUGCACUUCCCCGAGCACUGACUGCGCUGCCUGUGCCCGCUGCUCCCCUCUCUCACUCUCCGGGACCCUGCUCUCUGACACUGCUGUGCAUUGUGCGGACACACACUCCUCUCCCAGCCGGCUCCUGCUGCAGUCCUGUGCCCGUCCCAGCCUGUCAUCCGGGAGAGCCGUGGUGGAGCAGGGACAGGGACAAUCCCAGGAACACCGGGGGCUCUGCUGUCAAAGCUCAGCACCAGCUGGAGACGGAGAAGAAAGUUUUCCUGCCGCUCAGGAGCUGACUCCCCCCGCCCAGACCUCAUGCUCCUCUCUGCACAACUUUCCCCAUCAGUAACACUUUGUGUGCCGGCAGCAGUGUGACAGCAGCCCCUGCCCGUGCAAGAAGAGAGGCAGCUGCUGCCAGCCCGGUGCCAGUCUCAGCAUAGAGAGACCCUACCCAGCUGUGUGAAUGUACAGCAUGAUGAUGGAGACGGACUUACACUCCCCCGGGGUGCAGCCCCCUAGUAACACAGGGCAAGCCGGGGGAGGAGGGGGCAAUAAGGCCAGUCAGGACCGGGUGAAGAGGCCCAUGAACGCCUUCAUGGUGUGGUCCAGGGGGCAGAGGAGGAAGAUGGCCCAGGAGAACCCCAAGAUGCACAACUCGGAGAUCAGCAAGCGGCUGGGUGCAGAGUGGAAAGUCAUGUCAGAGGCCGAGAAGAGACCCUUCAUUGACGAGGCCAAGAGGCUGCGCGCCCUGCACAUGAAGGAGCACCCGGAUUACAAGUACCGGCCUCGGCGGAAGACGAAGACUCUACUCAAGAAGGACAAGUACUCCCUGGCCGGGGGGUUGCUGCAUGCGGCCGGGGGAGGACACAUGGGAGUCGGCCUGAGCCCAGGCGGAGGGACUGGUGGGUCAAUGGGGGGUGGGGGACAUGGAGGUGUGGUGGUGCAGCGCCUGGAGAGCCCGGGCUCAGGGGCAUCAGCCGGGGCCGGAGGAUAUGCUCACAUGAACGGUUGGGCUAAUGGGGCUUAUCCGGGCUCAGUAGCCGCAGCGGCGGCGGCUGCUAUGAUGCAGGAGGCUCAACUUGCCUACAGUCAGCAACAGCAACAGCACCCUGGUAGCGGGGGGCACCACCCGCACCACCACCCUCAUCACCCACACCACCACCACCCACACCAUCACCCACACCAUAACCCCCCUCCGCACCCUCCGCCGCCUCCCCCGCAGCCAAUGCACCGCUAUGACAUGAGUGCCCUGCAAUACAGCCCCCUGCCCGGCGCACAAAGUUACAUGAGCGCCUCUCCUUCCAGCUACGGUGCGCUGGGCUAUUCCUCAAGCCAGCAACAGCACCAGGGAUCCCCGUCCUCUGCAGCGGUGGCGGCGGCGGCUGCAGCUGCAGCUGCUGCGGCAGCAUCCUCUGGGGCCCUCGGGGCUCUAGGCUCUCUGGUGAAAUCUGAGCCCAGUGUCAGUCCACCUGUUCCUGGGGGUGGCUCCCACAGCCGGCCGCCUUGCCCAGGGGACCUUCGUGAGAUGAUCAGUAUGUACUUACCCAGUGGGGGGGAGGCUGGAGACCCGGCUGCUGCUGCGGCGGCGGCAGCGGCUGCAGCGGCGGCAACAAGCAGACUGCACAGCUUACCGCAACACUACCAGAGCGCAGGGACAGGGGUAAACGGCACGGUGCCGCUCACACACAUCUGAAGACUGACUUAUACAAUAUACAGAGACUUGCACUAUACUAUACAAUACAAAGCGAAGAGACUACAGCAAAUUGCCUCUUGCAGAUCCACAACCUGCCAUCUGUUCUUUCACCCAGAACUUUCUGUUUGUUUCUUUUGUACAGAAAAAUGUUUUGAUGUUCUUGUAUAGAAAAACAAAAAACAAAAAGAGAUGAGACAGUUAAGGUAACAAUAUUUCGUACUUUUAGAAAACAAGUUAAUGCUCUUUACGAUACUAAUUUUAGUUGGGGACAAAUUUUGAAUUUGUGUACAGUAUUUAUGCGUUUUAUGGCAUGGGAUAUUCAUCUAAUUUAUUACUAUUAUUUUUUUAUUUUAUUUUUUGAGAUAUCAACAGACUAUUGUUUUUAGUUCUGUUUUAACUUUUAAAAACUCCAUGACUCCUACUCUGGUCAUUAUUCUUUAGUGACGAACGUACCUAUACACAUUCUGUACAAGUUGUUUAUUUAUGAACCACUUGAGGUUAGAACCUAUUUUUUUUUGUUUUGUUUUUUAAUUUGUAAAUGUUGCUGUAUCCUCCACCUCCUCCCCCAGUUUUGUUUUAUAUUAUUUCGUGUACAUUCUUUAUGAUAUAUAUAUUUUUUAUUCUAGACGUUUCGGAUUCAUAUUGUGUACAUAGUUUAAAAAACGUCCUCUCUGCUUUAAAAUAAAGACAAAACAUCAGACUAAUAAGUUGAAGUUUAAGCUAAAUAAAUUUUCAAAUGAAAAAGAUUUACACGUUUUUAUUUCAGAAAUCUGUUCAGUUGUUAUCUUGCUCAAAGGUUAACUGUUUUUUUUUAUUUGUAGCGCUAAAAAGUAACAAUUACAAUUGUUUGAACUGAGUUUAAAUUAAGUCAAGCAAUAAAAUAUGAUACAUUACAUUAUACAGAUUUACACACGUCAUUAAGACAUGAAAUUGCGUUUACACCGUUAUUUUGUUCACAUUUGGUUUGGAUUAAAUACAUUUCCAUUCUAUGCUUUACCACGAAUAUUUAGCAUAUAUUCACCCUUGAAAAUACAUUGUAAAUUGUUCAAAUCUUUAUUAUUGUACAGAUUUAUUAAUUGCAAAUCUCAUAUUUCAUCGUAUUACCGUAUAUUGUGCUUUAUUAAAGUUUAAACUUUAUGCCUAAAUUAAUUAAUCAAUCUCGGAACAAGUGCUAUACUCAAAGUUAAGUUUUUUGUUUUUGGAGGAAAAACUUCUUUUUGUUGUGCAAAUUAAACAGAUAUAUCUAAAGAAAUAGUAUAAUAGCAAGUUUAUUUAGCUACGCAAUUGUCUAGUUCAAGAAUGAUUUUAUUAAUAAAUGGUGAAAGUCACUCAGUUAAUGUAAAAGUCUUGUUAUAUUGAAUACCUAAUAACUUUUUCAUUUUAGGUGAAUAUAAUACUGGGCUGAUGGUAAAUAAACACACUCAGUCGAGUCCUUUUUUAAUUUUUAUUUUUUCUAGGAGUGCGACUUAGUUCACGAGCAAUUUUCUCUCUUACAGAACGCUAAGUAGCAAAUACCCUCGGUUAACACCAAACAGUCCAGCUCUUUACUGAAUCCAUUGUAAUUACUACACUAAUGAGUAAUCCUUUUGUGUCAUGUUGGCUUUUUACGUGGUUCGUUAAACCCAUUGCAACAUUUUCAUUAAGGCCUCUAUUAAUUUAAUGUCAUCAUUAAGCUCUAUUUAAUCUGAACAUUUAAUAUUAUACAUGACAGUGCUACUUCUAUUAUGAAAAAAAAAUCGUGUCAGGGAACGGUUUUAACAAUUUAAGAAUGUCCUAAAUUGGGAAAAACCUGUGAACAUCAUUUAAACACCUGUUGAUAGGGAUGAUUUAUAGAAAUAAAUGUGUUCAUAACACAAUUUAUGUUUAUAAUGGAUUACAUUGAUAAUACCACAUAUAUAAACCAUUUAUGAACAUACUUCUUUAAAGAAAAGUUUAAAUUGAAAUAUUAGUAUUCACAAUCUAUACUUUACCACACCUUACCUUGCUUAAAUCGUAAAAUACUAACGCGGAUUGUGAAAGAUGUUCAUGUGUCAUAGCUGGGUCUUUACGUUUUUAAUUAUUUUGUUGUAGGUUUUUUUUUAUUGUUUUUUUUUUUUUUCGUUUUUUCUUUUUUUGCUAUUUGUGGUAUUUUUGUAAGCU